ACAGUGCACGUGGAGAGAGAAAGAGAGCAACUUUCGUAGCGUGCGAACUUACCAGCCAAGAUGGCGGAUAUUGACACGCAUUCGUCGUCUUCGUCGGACGGCGGUGGCGACGUGUUCCUCUCACCGCGCUCGUCCGUCGCCAGCAAACGCAGUGUGCAAUCCGUUUCCACAGUGCACGAGGACAACAACGAUCAACCUGAGACCGAGCCACACGAGUACGGAGACGUGAGACGCAGCACAAUGAGUCGCCGCGAGACGUGGAUCGGCGAGGGUCUGAUCGACGCCAGUGGCCUUGAGGCCAUUGACCGCCUCAGUGACGAGGCGUACACGGAGAUCAUGCAGGAGUCACAAGCUGUGCGGCGUGGCGGUCCGUCAUCGGAUGCGGACGCCAAAGCCACGAAACUCAGCGAGUUUCUGACCAAAACGUACCCAACCGAGAACGGCGACAUGUCCAAGAAGGCGACACACCGUCGUCGCAAACUGCUCGACUUCUUGGCUAAUGACGUGGGCGAGAGCUACCUCAACGACGUCUACAAGGAGGAGGAACGCGCCGGCGGCGAGGACGAAGCCGGUCUAGACGAGCUCGUCUGCGACAGCGACGACGAGCCCAGAUACAAUCACCCGUACGCGCGCAGCAACCGUUCUGCACGCGCGACCGACCGAUUGAAGGCGUUCCUGGACCAUGAAAAGAACGGCAAGCACCACCACCGCAACGGACACCACUCGACGCACGCGACACCGGUCUCUACUGAGCCACGCAAUAAAUUUGUGACCAAAGUGGUGCCUCAGAAGUCGCGUAUGAUGUUGUUCAACCCUGAUGAAGUAGACUCGUUAGAACUCAGCCACAUGGUAGCUAAAGAAGCCGAACGCAAGCAAAAGGCACGUGCAGACAAAGAGGUCGCUCGUCAGAAGGUGCGACAGCUCCUGCUUGAAGAGGAACAAGAACACGCCAAGCGCAAAGGAUCGGGCAAUGACGCGACUAUCAAAUCUGUAGACGAAUCCACUGUCCGUCGCGAGACGGUGGUGGACGACUACGGGAAGGUUAACCUAUUAGAUUACCUCGAUCGCGUAGUCGACGACGGCCAUCGUAGUCGCAACGGCGACAGUGUACCGUCCGAGAUGGACUCGAGUCCACCGAGUGACGCGUCGUCUCCAAGAUCCGUCGCGUCGUCGCUUGAAGCGGACACCAGCACGCCCUUCACCCAGGGAGACGAUGUGUCACCCCCGACGCCUAACACGCCGUCGGGUAUGGGCGGUCGCUUUGCGCAGUUCUUGCAUCGUGGACCAGACGAUAACAACACGCCGCGCGCUCGUCGUCUGAUGUCGUCGUUCCAUUCCAAGGCGAGCGACAAGAUGAGUCUCGAAGCUGCUUUCCACGCGACUAAAAUACCUGAGCCGGCUCCUGCGCCAGCCGUCUACAGCGCGACGUCUGCGCGUAUGACGCCGCUGUUGGCUACAAUGGACCAGAUCGCGCACACGUGUCAGAAGAACGAGCUGUCGGAAGUGUCGAUCGCGCGUAUUUCGACGUUAUUGACGUCCAUCAACCAGAUCGUCCGUGACGACAUUCAGAAACACCGCGGCCACCCGAACCGCGUCGUCCGUCGAUUGUCGGGCGGCCACUGGGUGAAGAGUGAGCAAGAGCGUCAUGAACAGGAGAGACCACACAGAGUCGCGAUGCCUCCGGGGCCAGAGAUCCCGCGCGAACCUGUUCCGGUGGUUUCUGCUUCUGCAACAGUCGACAAUGUCAAGGUGAAGGCUGGCCCGGGCGUGUUGAGCGCGUUCAAGGCGUUUGAUGCAGCUCAGAACCUGAUUGAGACCCUGUCGAGCUUCAAUAAGCUUCUAACUGAGUGUGGACUCAACGGUGUCAAGGUGGACGAGCCGUGGCGCGUCUACAACCACAUCAAGUCGGGUGUAUACAACAAGUUGGGGUUCCGUCACAAACAGCUCUUUAAGCUACUGGAUGCGCGCUUCAACACGGACGUAUACAAGCGCAAACCUGCGGCCAAGAAGCGUGUGUGUAUAAUUGGAGCGGGUCCCGUGGGUCUACGUGCUGCAGUGGAGACGGCGUUGCUGGGAGGUCAAGUGGUGGUCUUGGAGAAGCGUAAGCACUUCAGUCGAGAGAAUAUCUUGCACUUGUGGCCGUGGGUGGUGCAAGACUUGACGGCGCUGGGAGCGAAGGUCCUCUUCCCGUCCUUCUGUCACUCGACCGCCUACUUCCACGUCGGUACGCGUCAACUUCAAGUUAUUCUACUGAAGGUGGCGUUGCUUGUGGGUGUCACGGUCUACUCGUCAACAGCGUUUGAAGCCGUGAUCUCCCCCAACUCCGAGGAGAGCGACAACAAGCCGUUCUACACUGUAGCCACGCAGCCACAGAUCCCGUGGAUGGAGUUCACGGCGGUGUUUGGAGCUUCCGGAACGAACGACAAACUGGCGGAACCUGCCGGUAUCAACCGGUUCGUCUUCAGUCGUAAAGAAGCGCUCGGUAUCGUGUGCUACUUCCCGAAUCUCGGUACAACUGAAGAGAAGAAGGUGACGGAAUUCUCGUGGACGAUUCAGUUCAAACAGCAAAUGUUCGCCAAGAUGCGUGAGAUCGGAGUAGAUCUGGAGAAUAUCGUGUAUUACCGAGGCGAGAUGCACUACAUCGUCAUGACUCCGAAGCGUCAGAACCUACUGGACCAGAAGGUUCUCAAGGUGAACCACCCCGAGCCUCGAGAUUUGGUACAAGACGAUAACAUCAACAAGGGCACGCUACACGAGUACGUCAAGCGCAUCGUGGCGUUCCUGGGCAUCGCGAAGAAGGCCGAGUUCUCGCGUAUCCGAAUGUUCGACUUCAGCUCUCGCACUCGUGCUGACAAGGCCGCGAGUAUCCUCACAUCACACGGCAAGAAACUCUACGUUGGGCUCAUCGGCGACUUGUUGAUCGAGCCGUUCUGGCCCGAAGGUGUCGGAACCUGUCGAGGGUUUCUGGGUGCGUUGGACGGCGUGUGGAUGGUGGCUCAGAUCGGCAAGAAAGCGGACGAACAACUGCUGGCCGAUCGAGAAAUGGCGUACCGUGUUAUCCAGCACGUGUCCGGGUUCCGACGCGAUGACUUGCAGAGGAAUGUACGCAAGUACACGGUCGACCCAAAAACGCGCUACACGGUCAAGUUCCCGCAACUGUGUUAA